UUCAGCAAAACCAUAUGCCUUCAGAACACUUGGAGAAUACUGUGAAAGAAUACUUUUUCAUUAAUGCUUGAAGCUGGAUUCUAUGCACUGCCAUUAUGUGGAUGAGCACUAGCAGGACAUUUCUCAUUUAGUGGUGUGAAAAAGAAAUGUCAUAUGCCAUUAGAACAACAAAUAAUGACUGACUUUUCAUUUUUGGGUGGACUAUCACUUAAACAAUUUUCUUUAGUAUGAUGACAAUAUAAAACCCAGCUGUAUUAUUUUGGAAUCAGAUGGGUCCAGUUAUGUUUUUGAUAAAAAAAAAAAUUUAAAAAAAGAAACGGCUUGGCUUUUUCCCACAUCCUCAAAAUGGAUCUAAUGCAUUCUUAUCAAUGAAACGCUCCCAAACUUUUCCUAGUGUAAAAGCACCCUAUGUAAUUUUUCUUCCAGUGUGGUUAAUAAGUUCCCGCAAAUCCUCCAGUAAAGAAUCAUCUGAUGCAUCGCCGAAAAAGAUAUGAGAUUUAAUUGCACUUAAUUGCCUGAAGUGGCUGACCAUUGACGGCCUGAUGCUGCUUUUUCCUGAAAGUGCUUGUGGUACAAGCAUACAGGAAGGAACUGAAUGUUUAUUAGCUAGUGGCUCACACAUUUGCGUCAUUGAGGGAAGCUCAUACCUUUCUCACAUCUGAAAACUGAACGCAACUUUUGUCUGCAAGUCAUUCCCAGCAUUAUACAUCUUAACUGUAACCGUUUGCUUUGUUUAACAGCCAAAGGAUGUGAAUCCUGGCGACCCGUCUGUGUACAACAGCUCUAGCCGAGCCGAGAGAAAGAGUGCAGUUCAAACAGGCAUGAGGCUGUUGGCCUCCUCGCCACACCGACUACAACAAACACGUGUCGUGCCAAUGGAGUUUUAACCCCUGCAGGAGUGCAGACUGCUUGGUCCACCGAGGCUGGUGAAGAAACACAGGUAUGUAUGAGCACAUGCAGAUAUAACCGCCCCUCCCUUUGGUUCGACGCCAGAACUGUCCUCGAAUAACGAACAAAAUACUAGAGUGAGAGAAAGCGAGCGAGAGACUGAGGGUCCCAUGUGCCAUUGGGCAGCGGGGCUUUCGCCAUGAGCAGUACUCUGGGCAAAGAUAAAGACUCUAAGGAGAGGGAACCCAAAGCUGAAGGGAAAUCCAAAACCAAAGGGAAAGAUGCCAAAGACGGGAAGAAAGACACAAGUGGCGCUUCGCCCGCGGUGACCUUCACUUUGGACAGCACGAUAAAGCGACCCAACCCACCGCCCAGCACGCGCAAAAAAUCCAGCAAUGCAGAGGUCUUCAAGGAUCUGAACAAGUGCCGUGAAGAGAACUCGAUGCGCCUGGACCUGUCCAAGAGAUCCAUCCAUCUGUUGCCCUCUUCCAUCAAGGAGCUGACCCAGCUGACUGAGCUCUACCUGUACAGUAACAAGCUGCAAAGCCUGCCAGCCGAGGUGGGAUGCCUGUCGGGGCUGGUGACGCUGGCGCUCAGCGAGAACUCUCUCACCAGCCUGCCCGACUCGCUGGACAACCUGAAGAAGUUGCGUAUGCUCGACCUGCGGCAUAACAAGCUGCGGGAGAUCCCAGCCGUGGUCUACCGCGUCACCUCCCUCACCACGCUCUACCUGCGCUUUAAUCGGAUCACCACCGUGGAGAAGGACAUCAAGAAUCUGUCCAAACUCACCAUGCUCAGCAUCCGAGAGAACAAGAUUAAACAGCUACCCGCAGAGAUCGGUGAGCUCUGUAACUUGAUUACGCUGGAUGUAGCCCACAACCAGCUGGAGCACCUUCCUAAAGAGAUUGGCAAUUGCACUCAGAUCACCAACCUUGACCUGCAGCACAACGAACUUCUUGACCUACCUGAGACUAUAGGUAACUUGUCAAGUAUAAACCGUCUGGGUCUGAGGUACAACCGUCUAUCAGCGAUCCCUCGAUCUUUAUCGAAGUGCCGAGAGCUGGAGGAGCUCAACCUUGAAAACAACAACAUCUCAGUGUUACCAGAGGGUCUUCUCUCCAGUCUGGUGAACCUGACGAGUCUGACGCUGGCACGAAACUGUUUCCAGUCUUACCCAGUGGGCGGCCCAUCCCAGUUCUCCACCAUCUACUCACUCAACAUGGAGCACAACCGUAUCAACAAGAUCCCUUUCGGCAUCUUCUCCCGAGCCAAAGUGCUCAGCAAGCUCAAUAUGAAGGACAACCAGUUAACGUCUCUUCCGCUGGAUUUUGGGACGUGGACCAGUAUGGUAGAGCUGAACCUGGCAACAAACCAGCUUACCAAGAUUCCAGAGGAUAUCUGUGGACUUGUGUCUUUAGAGGUCCUCAUAUUGUCCAACAAUCUCUUGAAGAAGUUGCCUCAUGGGAUAGGAAACUUACGGAAACUGCGAGAGCUUGACCUGGAGGAGAACAAACUGGAGUCCCUCCCAAAUGAGAUAGCUUACCUUAAGGAUCUGCAGAAACUUGUGUUGACCAAUAAUCAGCUGACCACUUUGCCAAGAGGAAUCGGUCACCUGACCAACCUGACAUACCUGGGCUUGGGAGAGAACCUGCUGCAGCACCUACCUGAGGAGAUUGGUACACUGGAGAACCUGGAGGACCUGUACCUGAACGACAACCCUAACCUGCACAGUCUGCCGUUCGAGCUGGCGCUGUGCAGUAAGCUGUCCAUCAUGAGCAUAGAGAACUGCCCCCUCAGCCACCUCCCGCCGCAGAUCGUCGCCGGAGGCCCGUCCUUUAUCAUCCAGUUCCUCAAGAUGCAGGGUCCCUACCGCGCCAUGGUCUGAGAUGGCUCUCACACUGUACAAAGAGGAAACCGAAUCGCCACACGACGUUACCUUCGUCGUCAUUAUAUCUAGGACAGGAAACUGCGUAACUGGGUUCCUAUUGGUGGAGGAAUCGUAGCCAGUUAGAUCCCCUUUACCCCAGUAGAAAACAAUGUCUAGACUUCAGUUGCCAAAAUUAAUGUACAUUAGUGAUUCUGAAGAGGCGCUCUUAAAAUGUUUCAGUCAUUUUGCCAAUUUAUUGAAAGUCAUUAUAGGGGUUUCGUCGCCAGGAAACAGUUGUAUGCAAAAACAAAACAAUUCAUUUUUGCUGCUGCCGCCAUACUGUAUGUGAGUUUUUUUUGUUUUGUUUUUGUCAUCCCACAACCAAAAGAUUUUUAUUGUACAGAGGAGCUGUUUUGGAAGCAGUGAACAAAUUUUAGUUCUUUUUGUAUUAUUAUUAUUCUAGAAUUGUGCCUAUUCAGUGCAGUUGGGUGGUUUGUGUCUGAACAUUAUUAUCCAAGACGUUUUUAAUACAAAAAGGAUGAAUUUACAAAAGUAUAAUUUAUUCCGUAAUUCCUUUUCAUUUUGUAAUUAUUGUCGAUUAUUUUGUCGCUCCCUUUUUUUAAAUAUUCAUUCCUCUUCGCUGUCGGGACGUGUUGCUGCGCAUGACGUUUUAAAAUGAUGAAUCCACAAUCUUUUUUUCCCUGUGAAAUAGUGAAGUAACCGAUGAAUCAAAUUGUUUUUUGAUAGCAAUCACGUCACGUCACUCAGAGGUGCAGGUCUGGUUUCGGCCGUCUCUGUUUUGGACGUGGGGUUUAGGAUUGUUUACUUGUUUGCCAUAUCCACAGUGUUGCGCUCUGCUUGUGUCCUAUCGGUGAAAGUCACAUCUCCGUAUCAGGUGCUGAACAGUGCUAGCAGUUAAAGGCCCGCGUUUACUGUGAGGAAUGCCAAACGCCCAUUCAACAUCACUUCCCUCCUUUUUUUAAAUUCUGCAUUUGAAGGAUUUUUUUGGUCAGUGUCAUCGGACCGAUUUAAACUUUUGCCUGUGAUUUUCUGCUCUUUUAAAUUCACAGAAUAUUAAACAAUGGUUACCGGGUUUUUUUGUUUUUUUUGCACCAUUUAUCCCACACACACUCUUAUGCUGCUGCUUUUAAUGCACUUUGUAUUGAUAUUUGGCAUCCCCCUCAAGUAAAAGGGUUGCGACAUUUCAUGUUACCGAUUAAACGUAUGGAAGGGGGCAUUUAUUAUUAUUUCUGAAGUAGUUUCUUUUAUUUUAAUUCUCUAUCAUGUAUAUUUUAUAACAAUUAAUGAAAAAAAUUGCCUCAGCAAAUUCAAACUAUAACAUUCUCUUAAGAACUUUUUUUUUUCCCCAAGGCUUUGACGCUUUUUCUCUUUAUUAAAUGUUUUGAU